AUGCCCUACGCCAAGGCACAUGUCCCUCCCACUGCGCCUGUCUUCGGAAAUGAGACGCCCGCACUUGGCGGCAUGGAGCAGAGUGUACCAAUUUCCUUCCGUGACUUCAUGAAAACCGCGCCUCCGCAACGCAAACCAUUGCCGCCAAUACCAUCGCUCGCCUUGUCGCUGUCUGACAAUCCAAGCCGCUCGGAAGACUGUCUGAAGAAGACGUCGGAACCAUGGCCACGCGAAGACAAAAUGGACGGCGAGCGAGCCCUCAAGCCGCCCAAGGAUUUCUUCCUUCAACCCGCCACAUACACGGCCAGCAACCCGGCCUUGUCCAAGCCUGAAGCGCAGCGACCCCCGCUUCUGCAGCCAAGGAGGUUUGAACUGAUCAUUCCCGACCCUUCGCCACAGCCAAGCCCGGAGUCGAGGACGCCUGCUUUUGAAUACGAGAACCACAUCGACUUUCCGCCAAGCCCAGCCUCUAGCAAGCCACCGCAAUCUCCACUCCCGCCCAUACCAGCCGCCAUAGGCCCUGCGAAGCGGAAACAUCUUUCGAUGCCGCCCAAGACUCCUACUCCACCUCCUUCCGCACCAGUAACGCGCGUGGUAAUUCCGGCAACGGCCGCCUGCGAAUCGUCCUUGAUUAUAUCUCCUUUCGACUUGAACACCCCACUCUCGCCAUGGACGGGCGAUUCCUUGCUUUAUCAACAGCCAACAGCGUCUACCUCGCCUCGAAGAUUAGUGCCUCGUAGCGCCGCUCCGGGCGUGUACGACGAGUGGGAAGAUGUCGUCGAGACAAGGCGCAUCCGCAAAGACAGACUUUCGCAAGACUACCACGUAGCCCUCGUCGAACAGUACCGCGAGCUCGUUUCCCCUUCGUCAGACAUCUUCGCUGGCGAUGAGAGCCCCAGGGCGUUGCCGGAUCCGAAACCGAGCAGAGGAUACAACGACGACGAUCUGAUACCGCUGCCCCUCGCUCCGAGGAAAGGUUCCUCAGACCGCUAUGACGUUGUCGACAGGAGCAGUCCGUUUCCGGAAGACCACUACGAUCAGCCACCCGAUUCCCUAUCCCCGCGGCGAUCCGACCGGCGAAGGUCCAGCAUCCGCGAGAAACUCCCAGCCCUUGCGGCCGGCACGCUCAACAUGAUCCUACCGUCGAAACAUUACCGGAACACCAGCUCCAUGAGCUCCCGGAGCGGCGAGAUACCCAUCUCCCCGCCGGCGGAUCACGUAAGUUUCGGGAAACGAGCCGUCGUCGCGCGGGCGCGAUCGCCGGUGCCGCCAUCACCAAAGGUCCGGCCACGGAGUCGAGCGUUCCCCGUAGCUGCCGCACGCCCCCAGUCAGGCGUGUACACCGUGGGACGUACGAAGCUGGGGCCGAAGAGUGGGAAGCCGAAAAAGAAAGGGAAGAGAGGGAAGAAGGGGAAAGGCGGGCCUGCAGAAAACACACCUCCGCUUGCACUCACGCUCACCUCGUCUUUGUCAACCAACGAUUCUUCAUCAACACGCCCCUCUACGGAGCGCCUUCACCGCCUCAAUGUGAGCGCACCGAUUCCCACUCCUGGGGCAGCAUCGGCCCAAGUUCUUCGCGCCACCUCUAGCAGUCCCUCAACAAGCUCCUACUCUUCCCAAAAAUCCCAGCCACGCUCUUCACCGUCCGCGACACCACUACCUCCCUCCAUCACCAACAAGCCGCCCACUCCUUCUCCUCUUGGCCGCGGCCUCACCCACACCGAGCUCUUCGCAUCCGCUCCAGCCUCGCGGCCAACGUACCCGCGCAAAAUGUCCUCAGGUCCCCCAGCCUCAGCCCCGCUGCCGCAACAGCAAGCUCAUCGCCGCCGGAAAUCCUCCGGUUCCCGCACCGGCCUGCUCCACGCGCUCGGGCUGGGCAAAGGGGAAGGCAGCAGCAACAGCCACAGCGGUGGCGACAGCAGCAGACUGCCGUUCGUGCACGAAAAGAAGCUUCACGGCACCUCUGCGCCCGGGCCGCUGCCAUCGCCGUCGCUGUUGUCUGGAGCGAAGAGAAGCCGUGAGGGUGCGGGUAGGCGCGGCAGCAGUGGCGGCGCAGUCGCCAUGCCGCAAGUCCGCAGCCUAGCAGCCGCAGCGGUGGCGCCGGCGAUGAGAUCAGCUCCUCUCCCUUCCUCUUCUUCCACUUCGCUUGCUUCGCUCGACAAGGCGAAGGGUGGUGCCGAUGCACGUGAUGCUGGUGGUGGUGGUGGUGGCGGGGGUCGCAGCGUCGCAGGUUGGAGACUCAGCUCGGCGUCGCAGCAGCAGCAACAUCACCUAUCAUUGUACAAGAAGGCCGUCGAGGCGCACCGCAGCCACAAGCGCGAGCGCCAGAAGCAGGAGAUGAAGAAGUCGAUCCGUGUGCUGGGCCAGGCAGAUCCGCAACAGGUGGUGCAGGGAUACGUGAGGGUUGCAGCGGGAGCUGUGGCAGGGCCGGGGAUCAAGCCGGUAUAUGGUAGGACCGGGAGUGGAAAUGCGGACAAAGGUGGGGAAGGGUGGCUGUGA